AUGGCAGCGGCGGCGGCGGAUGCGAGCGCCGUGAAGCCGAUGAAGGCGACGUCGGACGGCAUAUUCCAGGGGGAGAACCCUCUAAACUCGGCCCUGCCGCUGGCAAUCCUGCAGAUAUGCGUCGUCGUUGUCCUCACCCGCGGGCUCGCCUUCCUCCUCCGACCGCUCCGGCAGCCGCGCGUCAUCGCCGAGAUCAUCGGUGGCAUCCUGCUCGGCCCGUCGGCGCUUGGCCGCAGCAGCGCCUUCCUCAACACGGUAUUCCCCAAGGAGAGCCUGACGGUGCUGGACACCCUCGCCAACAUCGGCCUCCUCUUCUUCCUCUUCCUCGUCGGCCUCGAGCUGGACCUGCGAGCCAUCCGGCGCACCGGCGCGACCGCCCUCGUCAUCGCCGUCGCGGGCAUCGCCCUGCCGUUCAUCCUCGGCAUCGGCACCUCCUUCGUCCUCGAGCACACCGUCAACCGCGGCGUAUCCACGGGGCCAUUCCUCGUGUUCAUGGGCGUCUCGCUCUCGAUCACCGCGUUUCCCGUGCUGGCGCGCAUCCUCGCGGAGCUCAAGCUCCUCACCACCGACCUCGGCCGCAUGGCCAUGUCCGCAGCGGCUGUGAACGACGUCGUCGCGUGGAUUCUUCUUGCCCUCGCCAUCGCGCUUUCAGGAAGCGGUUCUCCGCUGGUCUCGGUCUGGGUACUGCUCUCGGGCGCCGGCUUCGUCGUGGCGUCCUUCUUCUUGCUCCGGCCGAUUCUCGCUUGGAUGGCGCGGCGGUCCCCCGAGGGCGAGCCAGUGAAGGAGAUUUACAUCUGCGCGACCCUGUCCAUCGUGCUCGCCGCUGGCUUCGUCACCGACACCAUCGGCAUCCACGCGCUGUUCGGCGCCUUCAUCGUCGGAAUCAUCGUGCCCAAGGACGGGCCCUUCGCCGGCGUUCUCCUGGAGAAGGUUGAGGACCUCAUCUCCGGCCUCUUCCUGCCGCUGUAUUUCGUGUCCAGCGGCCUAAAGACCAACGUCAUGGCCAUCCAAGGCCGCGACUCGUGGGCGCUUCUCGUGCUCGUGGUUGCCACGGCGUGCAUCGGCAAGAUAGGCGGCACGGUGCUCGCGUCCCUCGUGGUGCGCGUGCCGUUGCGAGAGGCGGUGACGCUGGGGGUGUUGAUGAACACCAAGGGGCUCGUGGAGCUCAUCGUGCUCAACAUCGGCAAGGACCGGCACGUCCUCAACGACGAGACGUUCGCCAUCCUUGUCCUCAUGGCGCUCAUCAACACCUUCAUCACCACGCCGGUCGUCAUGGCCAUCUACAAGCCUGCGCGGCGCGGGGCGCCGUACAAGAAUCGCACCGUCCUGCGCGCGAACCCUGACGACGAGCUGCGCAUGCUGGCAUGCUUCCACAGCACGCGCAACAUCCCCACCAUGAUCAACCUCAUGGAGUCUUCGCGGGGCACGCGUCGGCGCGGGAUCACCGUCUACGCCAUGCACCUCGUGGAGCUCUCGGAGCGGUCCUCCGCCAUCUCCAUGGUCCACAAGGCGCGGCGCAACGGCAUGCCGUUCUGGAACAAGCGGCGGAACGGCGACGGCGACGGAGACCAGCUGGUGGUGGCCUUCGAGACGUACCAGCAGCUGAGCCACGUGUCCAUCCGCGCCAUGACGGCCAUCUCCGACCUGCACACGAUCCACGAGGACGUGGUGACCAGCGCGCACCAGAAGCGGGCCGCGCUCAUCGUGCUCCCCUUCCACAAGCUCCACCAGAUGGACGGCCACAUGGAGUCCCUCGGGGAAGAGUACCAGCACAUCAACCAGCGCGUCCUCCACCACGCGCCGUGCUCCGUCGCGAUCCUCGUCGACCGCGGGCUUGGCGGCGCCGCGCAGGUCCCCGCCAGCGACGUCUCCUACAACAUCGCCGUUCUCUUCUUCGGUGGGCGCGACGACCGCGAGGCCCUGGCCUACGGCAUGCGCAUGGUGGAGCACCCAGGCAUCGAGCUCCAUGUGCUGCGCUUCCUGCCACAGUCCGGCGCCAGCGGCGCCGACGAUGAUGAGGCGUUCCUGGCGGACUUCCGCGGCAACGUGGUGACCAGAAACGAGUCUGCGCGGUACGAGGAGAAGACGUACAGCGAAAAGGCGGACGUGGUUGGGGCGAUCAAGGCUGCGGGACGGUGCAACCUCUUCCUGGUAGGGCAAGGGGCGCCUUGUGUGCCGCUCGCCGACAGGAGCACGGACUGCCCGGAGCUCGGGCCGGUGGGGAGCUACCUGGCUCUGCCGGAGUUCUCAACGGUGGCAUCGGUGCUGGUGAUGAAGCAGUACGACCCGGCGGCAAAGCACUACGACCUCGUCGAGGAGGUGGCUGACAUGGCGGUGGAUGUGGACACUCCCGUCGUCCGAAAGGGCAAUCGUGGCGAGUGAUGUGUUUAUAUGCCCUGGACAUGCUAAUACAUACCAGUAUAGUGAAAAGUACGGAUGCAUCGU